AGGCGGAGCGGGUGCUGCGGCAGGAGGGAAGAUGGCGGACGAAGAGAAGCUGCCGUCAGGCUGGGAGAAGCGCAUGAGCCGCAGCUCAGGACGAGUCUAUUACUUCAACCACAUCACCAAUGCCAGCCAAUGGGAGCGUCCAAGUAGUGUGGGCAAGAAUGGUCAAGGUGAACCUACUAAGGUCCGAUGCUCACACCUGCUGGUGAAACACAGUCAGUCUCGAAGGCCCUCAUCCUGGCGGCAGGAGAAGAUCACCCGGAGCAAAGAGGAGGCACUGGAGCUGAUCAAUGGAUACAUCCAGAAGAUUAAAUCAGGGGAAGAAGAUUUUGAGACUCUGGCAUCGCAGUUCAGCGACUGCAGUUCAGCCAAAGCCAGGGGGGACCUGGGCACCUUUGGAAGAGGUCAGAUGCAGAAGCCAUUUGAAGAUGCCUCCUUCGCACUGAGGACGGGUGAGAUGAGCGGCCCAGUCUUCACAGACUCAGGGAUCCACAUCAUCCUUCGCACAGAGUAGGAGUGCCUUGGGUUGGGGAUCAAGGGCAGGGGAAGACUGACUUCUGUUCUGCCUGUCCCCAGACUCUCCCCAUCCAGUCUACAGCUGCCUCUAAGAGCUGAGGUGGCCCCAAGGCAUGGGGUGGGGGGACAGGCUAGGGUUGGGGAACCCUUUACUUCCUAUUUGGGGGCAUCUUUUCCAUUUUGUUUCAGCCUUGAUGGUUCCUCCCUCUGAAAGGUCAGUGCGGGGACUCCUAGUGUUGCUGGUGUCCCUGCCCCACCUGAAAAUACACAAUAUUUAUUGUUCCCAUGCUCUCAGAGGCAGGGACUGGGGUGAGGAUGAGCCUUGGUUUAGGUCUCCUCACCCCCUUUUCCCCCCCACUUCCUGAGGGCCUCUGUUAAAUCACUCCACUGUGGUCAACAAUGGCCCCCACCCAGCUCCAGGUAAUAGCCACUCUGGCUUCCAUUCAGUCUGAUCCUGUCUUCUGCAUCUUAAGGAAUUGUGGGUCAGUAGCUGGAAGGAAACCACUUGGAAAUGAGAGGGGAAAGGGCCUGGGUUACCCGAACUCCUGGUGCAGCCAGAGCAUCUUGGAGGGAGACUAAAUUGCUGUUUCUGCUGCAUUGCUUUGUUUAGUUAAAAGAAAAUCAAAAUCUUCAGCUUUAAGGCCAAUGCAAGGCAGUUGUAUAGUUCCUAUUCUCAUCCCCUGGCUGUCCAGAUGUCCCCUAUUAAACCUUGUAAACAAGA